CUCCAGGCGGUGGGGCUGGGCCAGACAGUACCGCCCCCACCGCGCCCGCCUUGCACACCCUCAGAAGCGCAGGCUCGCAGCGCGGCGCUGGGGGGGGGGGCUCCCCAGCACCUCGGCCUCGAGUCCCCAGCCCGCUGCACCUCCGGGCCCCCUCCCUUACCCUCUAGAGAAACCAGGAGUUGUCGCAAGGGGGCCUCGGGAAAUUCCCUGGACCCCAGUGCCAGGAGGUGCCCGGUUCGCCCGCUCCCCAUCCACCCCCCCGAGGGCGGUGCCCGGGGGCGCUGCCCCAUGGAGCGGGGAGGCGGGCGCCGUCUGCUGCGGGAGCCGUGACCUGAGUAGGAGCUGUGUGUCGCAGCCGCCCCACCCCUGCCGAUCAUGCGCCGGCGACCCUGGCUCGCCAGUCCCACCGGGCUGUGAGCCCCCCACUCCUGGCCUGUCAAGGCCCGCGCGCCAUGGGCAGCGCCCACCCUCACCCCUGGCUGCGGCUCCCACCCCGGCCCCAGCCGCGGCCUGAGCUCUGGGCGCUCCUGUUCUUCCUACUGCUGCUGGCUGCCGCUGUGCCCAGGUCAGCACCCAACGACAUCCUGGGCCUCCGCCUACCCCCAGAGCCUGUGCUCAACGCCAACACAGUGUGCCUGACACUGCCCGGCCUGAGCCGGCGGCAGAUGGAGGUGUGCGUGCGUCACCCUGACGUGGCCGCCUCUGCUAUCCAGGGCAUCCAGAUCGCCAUCCAUGAGUGCCAGCAUCAGUUCCGGGACCAGCGCUGGAACUGUUCCAGCCUGGAGACUCGGAACAAAGUCCCCUACGAGAGUCCCAUCUUCAGCAGAGGUUUUCGAGAGAGUGCUUUCGCCUACGCCAUAGCAGCUGCCGGGGUGGUGCACGCAGUGUCCAACGCAUGCGCCUUGGGUAAACUACAGGCUUGCGGUUGCGACGCCUCCAGGCGUGGGGACGAAGAAGCCUUCCGUCGGAAGCUGCACCGCCUGCAGCUGGACGCGCUGCAGCGCGGUAAGGGCCUGAGCCACGGGGUCCCAGAACACUCUGCUCUGCCCCCUGCCAGCCCAGGCCUCCAGGACUCCUGGGAGUGGGGUGGCUGCAGCCCGGAUGUGGGCUUCGGAGAACGCUUCUCCAAGGACUUUCUGGACUCCCGGGAGCCUCACAGAGACAUUCACGCGCGCAUGAGACUCCACAACAACCGUGUCGGCAGGCAGGCGGUGAUGGAGAACAUGCGGCGAAAGUGCAAGUGCCAUGGCACCUCAGGCAGCUGCCAGCUCAAGACGUGCUGGCAGGUGACGCCGGAGUUUCGUGCCGUGGGGGCGCUGCUGCGCAACCGCUUCCACCGCGCCACGCUCAUCCGGCCGCACAACCGCAACGGUGGCCAGCUGGAGCCCGGCCCCGCGGGGGCACCCUCGCCAGCUCCCGGCACUCCGGGGCUGCGCCGAAGGGCCAGCCACUCCGACCUGGUCUACUUCGAGAAAUCGCCCGACUUCUGUGAGCGCGAGCCUCGCCUGGACUCGGCGGGCACUGUGGGCCGCCUGUGCAACAAGAGCAGCUCGGGCCCGGACGGCUGCGGCAGCAUGUGCUGUGGCCGCGGCCACAACAUCCUGCGCCAGACGCGCAGUGAGCGCUGCCACUGCCGUUUCCACUGGUGCUGCUUCGUGGUCUGCGAAGAAUGCCGAAUCACCGAGUGGGUCAGCGUCUGCAAGUGAGCGGGCCCGGGCUCCUCGGGGUCUCAGGAAAGGUUCGCCACCUGGCGCCUGGCUUCUGCUGCUAGCGACUAUCUCGGCCAGGCAGCAGCAUCCUUUGGCUCCUGAGAGAGGUGGUUGGCUCUUCCUGCUCUCAGGAUCUGCAGUCAGCAGACAGUCUAGACCCGACUGACACCCACUCCGUGGGUUCCCCUCUUCCGGCUCAGGCUCCUAGUUCGGACAGCUGGGAGUGAUGUUGGAGACCGCCCCACACCCUAGGACAUGUCACCCAAACAGCCCAGCCUGGCAGGCCUAUCACCUCCUGUCAUCUUUUCUCCCCUUCCCCAGGAGCAGCAGGCAGUGCACUGAAGCUGAUGGGUACCGGCGGAAGAAGGCUAAAGAAGACUAAAAUGAAGAAACAGGCAUAAUCAGGCUGAAGCGAUUCUACAAAGGCCCCCCAGAUACUCUCCUGCGAAGGCUUCUGCUCCUAUCAUUCAUUUAACAGAUAUUUAUUUUGCACUCUCUUUGUGGCACUCUCUGGGGAAAGAGAAGCCUUCUGGAGUUUACAGGCUUACUAAGGGAAGUGGACAAUAAACCAGUAAACACACAAACAAGAUUAUUUCUGGCAGUGCUAUGGGCUAUGGGGGAAAUUGACCAGGGCACUGGAUAUACACUGAUUUGUGCAGAACGGAGCCCUUUCCGCUAAAACUAUCUGCCAGGGAGACUUCUGAGUUGUGAUAUACAUGCUGAGACCUGCAAAGCGAGAAAGAGUCGUACAUAGACGGGGAAGGGCUUUCCAGACAGGCUACAGAAACCCGAAGCUCCGAGGGGAGAGAGACUCCACCUGUUGGAGGAGCAGCAGAGCAGCCUCUGCGUUUGGAGAGUAGAAAUCAAGGGCUGGUGGGAGAGAUCGGAGGUUGGGGCAGCUGGGGUAGGAAGGGGGUUUUCUUUAAGAAGAAUCUGCAGAGAGUAAGCAAGCAGUCUUAAGCAGUUGUACUCUGAUUCCCACAUCUUCGGGGAUCUGGCUGAAAUGGAGACAAGAUGGUAGCCAGAAAGCAGGUUAUGGGGACGACAGCUAGUACCCAGCUGAAGCCUGGAUUGGGUGACAGCGGUAGGGAUGUCCAGAAGGGGAACGGGAUCCAGGGAUCCAGAGCCCUCAGUCAGAACUCUAACCGCCCACUUUGUACCCGAGCCCUUUGCCACAAGCCAGGACGAGUGGCUGUGCCCAGCAGCAACCGACAGCAGAGACAGGAGGCACUCUGAGAAGAGUAAUCCUGGGCAAGACCCAGCUCAACCCAGCCUAGCGCCCCAGGGAGCAGGUGGGGCCAGGAGGUGCGGCUGGGAAUAGGGUGGUGGGGGAGGGUGACAGACUCACCCUCUGGAGCUGGGCUCUGGAGUCCAGGCAGGAAAGCUGGGGGUGGGUAGGCAGCCUUCCUGAAACCCCCUCCCCCGUUGCCCCAGAGCCACAGCUCAAGGUGUCGCUUAGCAGGUUAAAACCCCUCCCUGAUUUUAUACUUCCACCAGGACACUGUUGAGCUGGAAUUUGCGUUCAUGCUUGUACUCACUUUGGCUCAAGUCUGAUGAUUUUCUAGAACAGACCCUAAGGAUCGCAGGCAGAGCACAGUUUACCAUAUCCAGGCCCACUGUUCCAGUGAUCAUCUGAUGGCAUCCAUCUUGCCAAACCAAGCAGAGGCAAAGUCUUGUUCCAAAGGCCAGUUUGCACGGGACCCCUCCCAUAUUUCCUUGCCCUCAUCCCUUGUGGGGGCGACUCUGGAACAUGCACCUCUGUUGGCCCUCCAGAUGGAAGAAUGGGCCCACUAGAUAGUUCUCAUCAACUGUCCUCUAACUGCUCUGUUUUGGCAGCUCCCAGGCAUGCCUAAGGCAUCAGGACCUCUCAGGCACCCAGUUGGACUGCCUCGGUGGAGAACAGGGUUUCUCGACCCAUUCCCCCCCCCCAAAAAAAAAGCAGCCCUACAGGCGGGUGGGUGAGUGUCUCUGGGGGAGGAGGAGCAGACAGACACACCUGCCUCAUUCCUUUCCUCUUGUUCAUCCUGGAGAGAACUACAGGGGCUGGGUUCCCCCCUUUCCCCUCCCAGCCUAGGGAGGAAGAGAGAUGUGCUGGGGAAAUUGAAGGAUGGAAGCAUAGUCCCAAGCCCGGCAGAAACCACUACAGUGUUAGCCAUGACCUUGUCCUCUGCCUUUCAGAGCUUGGGGGAGGGAGACUGGAAGUGAGCAUUAUAGGAUGGAGUUUGGGAAUCAAGUGGAAGCAGUGCACUGUAGAACAUGUUGUCUGGAGUGAGAGCCUGGCAGAAUGGGACAGAGGAUGGGACACUGAACUAUACGAGUUCCAGGGGGGCAGAGUCCGCGGUUUGAUAAACGCUAGUAUGAACCGUAAAGUUGGGAAAGGGACAAAGUUAUUUUCUCCUAAGUUACCACCCAGCCUCACUGGUCUGGACCAGAAGCAGAGUCCUGGGACCAAGGCUGGGCCCUGUAAUAGCAGAAUGCCCUAAGGGACUCCUUAAGGGGAAGUGUAAAGGUGAUGGAGGUGGGAAGAUACUGGACUUUUAUACACUAGCUGAAGGUACAGUGGGAAUGAGAUGCUGAUCGAAAAUAAUUGGAAAUGGGCUAAAAGGAGCGCAAGCUUAGGGUGAAGGUGGCCUGGAGAACUUGGAAAUCACCAGAGGUGACAUUUGGAAUGUGAACAGAAAGUAACCAGGGAUCAUUCCAAGGAUGAAAAGACCUCCCUUGUCUUUGACCCGAGGAACACUUUGGUUAUUUCUGCGAGGGCAGAACUUAGUGGCGUCUACCGUCCCCAAAAGAGGGAGGUAGAGAACUAACAGCAAAUGAGUGUGGUGCACAGUGCUGGGGUUACAGGUCAGGGAGAAACAGCCCGCUGGAGUGUGAUGGGAACCCACGCAUCUGGCUCUCCAGUCGCCCAAGGGGACCUAAAGGGGAAGGGCAUUCAAAGAUGGACUUGCCAGCUGCAGAGUACCUAGGUGAGGAGCAAGGUCAAGGCUGACCGUCACUCAGGAGCUCCCUCUCCCUCUCCAUUCUCUGAAUUAGUGCGCCCCCAGCUAGCCUCUGGCAGGGGGCCUUCCACUCUGGAGAGUGGCCAGACCCGUUUCAGCCCUCCUCCUCCCUCCCCACCCCCUUCUCAUGUGGUUGCCGGCAGCUGCCUGCGGUCGCCCCAUCCCUUGCGCUCAAGGCACGGGGACUUUCCAACAGGGGAAAAAAUGACUUAAUGAGAGUGGGAGCCGGGGGCGGGAAGGACAGGUCCCUGUAAUCACAGCUCCACUGUGGGGCCUGCGUACCUCCCGGUCCUUCCUCAGCUUCCUGCUACCAGCGCCCGCCUUGGGUUCUGCUGGGGGAGGGGCACAGGCUGGCGACAGGGAGAUCCCUUUCCAGGUGCCAGGCUCUCUGGGACCCUUGGGCUGCCUUUUCUUUCUGAGUGACUGAGGACGGAACCUGGGACACCCCCAGGAUCCCUCUUUGGAUCCAGUCCAGAGUCCUUUGCUGGUGAAUUAGAAGAGUAAGGGGUACCGAGGACAACCCUUUGCUGGUUCGCGACUGCGCACUUCGCAACGCCCCCGGUUGCUGUGGCAACCAGGGCAGCCGAGGUGUGUCCGCGGGCCUGGGAGGUACCCACCCCCCCUUCUCGCCGCCAGCGGGGCCAGGCCCCGCUGCUGUGGUGCGCGGGGGGUGGGGGUGUGCCGUUACCAUGGCAAGGGUGAGCUAGGAGGGCACAUUCUUCCCCAGGGUGGGAGCGCCCUGGGGACACGAGAAGGGGGGUGACGGGGGCGGCAGAAAGGGGAGCAGAGGAUGGUCAGAACAAGGGAGGAGUCUCGGACAAGACGAACCAGGGUUUCUGAGGUUGGGGCGGGGGAGUUUGGAAUCUGUUCUUUCCCCUACUCCAGUUCUUUUGAGGUGUCCCUCUCCUCCUCCUGCACCCUUCUUGGGGUUCCCGGCCUCCGUUUCCAAGGAAAGGACUUCCAAUAACUGACCAAAACCCCCUUUGACUGUUCCAUGUCGGGCCUGUGGAACUAAGAGGCCUCUCCCACUCCACUUCGAGUAGCAUUGAAGCUCAUGCAGCUAGCCACUGCCCUGAAAUUAAGCCCCUCGCCCGCCCCUGUGCCACCCACCCCAGCCUCUGCCUGGCCCAGUCCGCUGUCAAUUACAGCUUUGCCCAGCAGGAUUACCUCGAAGACCCAGGGAGAGGCUGGGGCUGGGAACAGCAGGCAAAUCAAGAAGAGGGUGGGGUCCUGGGGGUGUCCUUGACCUCCAGAGUCCUUAUCUGGGGCUUCAGGCUGCAGCCUUGUGUGUGUGUGUGCGCGCGCGCGCGUGUUGCAACGUCUGGGGUUCAAGGCUGUGUGUACUCAAAAAGUUCAAGGCCCUUAAGGCUUAUUCUUUUUUUUCCGCCGCAGGCGGCCGCGUGGGUCUCUCCUGGCCCCACGCCCUGACCGAUGGACCCAGCUUGGUCUUGCUGAACCAACCAGAGGGCAGCCGCCAGGAAGUAACUGGUGUUUUGUGGAAGGCACAAAACGGCGCCCCCUUUGGGCAAGAGGGUUCCCCUUUUCUGUUCGGCGAACGAAAGCAACCAGGGAGUCUGCAGAGGAUAGACAUUGGAGCGUUCGGCCACCACCCAGUCCCCUGCCGUUCCUUCCUGCUCUUCCCUGCGGGGCUCGAGUAAAGCUUCGCGCCUCCCGCAGUCCGACUACUCACAUCUGGCCGGCAGCUGGGAACCGCCCACCACAAACUACUGAGAACACGGCGCCCUCUGUUGGUGCUGAGUAGUGACACACCAGGGCCUGUGUCGUGCGCCUCUGCGACAGAGGGUCCAGGGUUUCGCUCCCAUCCAAGGGUCUCGGGUCCACUCAUUCGGUAUCUUUUGCUGGCGGAAAACCUUCACCCUCUGACUCGCGUAGCUCCAAAAUCGUACUGUGAGGGCCCUUAGCUUUCUGCCCGUCACGAUCCAUCUUGCCGAUCCUCUCUUCUGCAUGCACGUGUGCCUAAAACCCAGUCCAGGGACCAAGCUUCUCCUUACCUAACAAGGUCACAAGCUCUGACUUCAGGUUCUGAGACCUGUCCUUCCACGCCCCACGAUCACUCAGUGCUGAACGUGAAAAUCCUAAAUAAGGAACACUGUUACAUAAAUAACCACACAUUUGUUCAAUAGAAUUCCUUGCUGUGUCCUUUAAAAUGAGGUGGUUGAAGAAUAAAUAUUUAGUGUCUGA